UCAUGCACGUUCGAAGAAAGAUGGUUCCGACGGUUCGCCUUGCUCGUAAAUUGAAGUAGAAACAAGCAGAGAUAAAACUGUUAGAAUCCCACGCGCGCGACGAAAGAAAUUCAUCAAACGAGUAAACGACCCGGCCAUUUAGGAAAUUUUGUGGAGUUUUUUUACCUGCUAGUUUAUGACCACACACCAUGCAGAACUUUGACGAUCUUGACAUUGAGGGGCGCACUCCUCACUUAUCCGAAGAAAAAGGAAAGGAAGAAUACGAUCGCAAGCGUAUUAUGCGAUCCAGCGUCACCGCCGAAGAUGGUGUACUAAGACCUGUUUACUCCGAGACCGAGAACGGUGAUAUAUGGUGUCAUAUCUGUAACGUUGCUUUGUUCGGGGCUCACAAACUAGUAAGCCACAAUAUGUGCAAUCGUCACAAAAUGAAACUGGACGAAUGGCCAUAUCCAGUUAUGCUGUGGUCCAAGCGACCAGAAACGAGCAAGAUACCGGUUCAGACGACGAACAUCGCCGAUACGCUGGCGCCCGGCGAACCGGUGCCACCCGGUAUGGAAGAUCAGAUAGUCCGAACCACGGCAAUACAAACUAGCUUGGACCGGCAUCAAAGUUCACCACUGGUCGGUCUGGAAUAUCUGCUGGAGUUAGUGGACAAUGACUCAUGCGAGCCGAAUUACACGUGUGUUUUGUGCGACAAACGUGGCGAUCCGCGCACGGUAAUGGCCCACAUUACCAGUUACAAUCACCGAAUCAACUAUCUCAAUCGACACUUCCCAACUAUAUCGCGAGCGAUUACGGAGUUACCGCGUACUCCUAAUUAUAAGCGUGGGGCCAAUGAAAUAUUGGUGUUAGUGGCGAAGAAGAUCGAAAAGAAAUUUGGAAGAAUGCAACCGCAAUUGGUGGACAAAGCCCAGUACGAAAAGAAUAAGAUGGAGUACAUCAAGAAAGUCUAUCAGGACGUGCACUUUAGGGAAACACCAGAGUGUACGUUUAUGGAAGUUUAUGAUGUGAAAUGGGUUACGAAUUUUGAAGAAAAAAUGGCAGAAAUGAAUGGUAAUAAUAGAAAAAAAGAUUCCAAUGUCGAUGAGAAGAUUGACGAUAAAUUUAAAAAAGAAGAAAAGAAAAAGGAAAAAUCGCCUAAGAAAUCAGACCCUAAAGAAGAAAAGUCGAUCUUCAAAAUGCGCAUUAUUAACAAGGACAAAACGAAUUUUCGUAAGACCACGCCAAAACCCGAAGAAAAAUUAAAUAAAUCACCGAAACGUCCUUCGGACGAUACUAAAUCUCUCUCGUCGCUUUCGAGCAUAUCGAGCAGCCCGUCGCCGUCUCGCUCGAAAUCUCGUUCGCCGGAACGGGGAAGUAGGAAGAGAAGCACCGAGAGAAGCGUGGGGAGAUAUCGUAGCACAUCGCGACACUCGCGUCACUCGCACGAUCGUGGACGUCGAACGCGUUCGCGAUCGCGGUCGCGUUCGGUGCCUCCUUUAAGGGAGCGCGACAAAUGGGACAAGUACCGCGAGCAAAUCAGACGCGCGGAGGAAACGUUAGAUCGCGCGUUGAAGUUCCACGAGAAGAAUCCCGAAAAGCAUCCGUCUUAUCCAGACGAGUGGAAGAAAUUCUGGAACAGACGAUACAAAGAGCUUCAGGCUGAGGGUAGCGAUCCGAGUAAGCAUGACUUCAAGCCGGAGUGGAUUGAAUUUUGGAACAAGAGGAUGCGCGAGAUUCACAACGAGCAGUUGCAGCAACGGAAAGAGGAGAUCAGGAAGAGAUUGGAAUUGCCCGAGGAUAAACCACCCGGAAAAUGGAUUCCGAAGCAAGAUCGGGAGCGAGAACGGGAACGGGAACGGGAACGGGAACGAGAACGAGAACGAGAGCGAGAGCGAGAACGAGAACGAGAGCGAGAACGAGAACGAGAGCGAGAACGUUCUCCGAAACGCAGUCGACAUCGUCCAGAGAGCGACGACGAGGUAGAAUACGUUGGCACGAAAGUACUGAAGUCUGACUACUACGAUCGCCACGAAUACAGAGACCGAGAAUAUGUAUAUCCUUCGUACACGAGCGCAAGAGGAAACGUGUAUGCUCGCAACUAUCCGCGAACAGCAACACGUGGCAGAGCCCCUAUAUAUUACGCGACACCUUAUCCCGUAAAGGACAAAUCGCCCACUCCGCCCGUCGCGGAAGAGGUGUUGAAAGAUGAUCUCGAGAUAGUCGGUUUAUUGCGGCUGCUCACAGCUCUCGAAGGUCAGUUAGGUUCUCUCGGUCCUAAAGUAGUGUCUCUUCUGUCGAAAGCCUUGGCGGCCGAGAAGGCAAAACCAAAUUCCGCUGAGGAACUGUUAUACGACGAAGAAGUGAGCGUGUUAUUCGAGACUGUUAAAGAAAAGCUCAAAGGCCAGCUGUUCGCUGGCAUGGUGGAGAAAAUGGCCGUCACGGCGACCAAAACGGCGAUACAGAACAUCGCCAAGUUGCUGCACAAAGCUUCGGAGAGCAAAAAGAAAUUGGAAGAGGAAAAGAAGAAAGAGCGCGAGAAAGAGCUUCUAGAAGCGACUAAACCCAGUUACAUCAGCAGAACAACCUUCUCAAGAUCGGUGGAAGUCGCUCCGAAAUCUAUCAUGAAAUCCGAACCAGUUAGUGUUCCGGGUAUUGGUACGGUUGACAAGGUCGCUAUUGCUGAGCAAAUUGCCGCGGCUCUAGUCGCACAAGGAAGAACGAAUGUUUCGCAGGAAGAAUUGGAAACUCUCAUCAACGCUGUAGUUGGUAUGGCGGAGGCGUCGAAAAAUUCCGAAAAGCCUGUCACUACUGCCGACUUUGUGAAGAGUUUGGCGAGUUGCGGCACUGCCACCACUGCUUCGACAACAGAGACCACCACCGUCGCACCGCCAACAACUACGCCGAUCAUUCCCGUAGAACGACCAGCUUCCAGAAUGGAGAAUCUAACGGACGCUGAACUCAAGUCGAAGUUACAAACGUUCAAGGACCUGAACACACAGGAACAACACAGUCUCAUAGGGUUUUUGAAGAAACUCGAGGCCAGCGAUCCGUUGAGAGUGGAAAAACUGAGAGACUUCGUUAACCUAGGCGUGACAGCGCCCACACGACAGAGCCCGGACGUCGAGUUCGUUAAAGGCAGAAAGAGCGUAUCCCCGUUUUCCGCCCGUAAAGCGAAUCUAGACGACAGGAAUAAGUGGAAACCCAAGCUGGACAUGUUUGCGGACGAUGAGGACGAGCAACAGAAAAAGAAGGACAACGACGAGAAAACCAAAACCAAGAUAGACCUGUCCGACGAUGACGACGAUUACACGUACGAGGACAUUUACAAAGCCGCGAGUAAAAAUGUGAGCGAGAACGAGAAGGCUAAGAAGUCUCGCUCGUUCUCCAAGUCGCCGAGAUCGUGGUCGCGAUCGCGAUCGCGGUCGAAGUCGAGAUCCCGCUCGCCGGUGACAAAGCAAAAGGACGUUCUGAAGUCGAGCGAUCCGAACACGAUACUGAACGAGACCAAACGGCUGAUCGCGAACAUUAUGUGCGACCUGCCGAACAAAUUCGUACCGAAGUCGCACGGUUUGAACGCCAACAGUGUCGUCACGCCGUCCGCUCCGAGUUCCGUCGAGCCGACUCCCGGCGUCUCCAACUUUUACAAUCAAAACUUCAUUCCGAACAAUCAGCAACCACCGCGGCCGCAGACGCAACCACCACUGACCACCUAUCCGAACGUGUCCGGUCAGCAAUUCUCGAAUUAUCAACACACGCAAAUGUUCUCUAACAAUCCACCGGGAUACGUGGACAAUAGUUACAAUUAUCAGGGUUACGGCAACAUGAACAAUCAGAAUCAAUACGGCGCGAACCAAUAUCCUCCACCUCAGCAGCCUUACGGCACUUAUCCUCCGUCGCAAUCCGCGCCAACUGGUUACGUUCAGCAACCGCAAACGUAUGACAAUUACAUGUCGCAACAGCGAUUUUAUUGAUCAAAGUGAGAUCUUUAACGAGAUAUUCGUGUUAUACGGUGUCGAUGUGUGCGAAUUUGUUUCACGAUUGGUCGUGUGUGCGCGCGGUGUUUGCACACAUUUUUCGGCGUUGUUGCGCACAUCUCGAAUUUCAGAACAAAUCAAAUUUUUUUUUCGAUAUACUUGUCCGUCUAACGACUAGGGAGUUGUACUUAGAAAGUUAUCCGGAUAUAUUGCGCAAUCUUUCUUUACAAGUAUUAUAAUUUUUAUUCAAUCUGCACGAUCGGAUCUCGUCCUCGUACAUUUUCACAAGUGCGACGAAGUCCAAAAUCCGUCGAUAGGAUCGCCGCGAGGCGCGAACAUCACAUUCGUUCAUUUGUCACGUGACAAACUCGCGCAGAUCUCCGAUACAUGUAUGUAUUUUGUUUACGUAGGGUUUUUUGUCUAUCGGUUGUGUAACACAUUGACGUGAAAAUUUAAUUUUUGCCCGUUGUUGUUAUUUAUGUCGAGUGUUUAUUUUCCACUUUCGUGGAACAAGGGGGAGCGGGAGCUUUCAUGCUGCUGAGUGUGUGCAGUGAAAGUCCCAUUCAAUUGUGUGUUAUUUCAUGUGUACAUAUUUUGAAAGUGAGUUUUUUUUUUUUAAUACACACAAGUACGAAAAAGUGAAACGUGUACUAUUUACAUACAAAAUACCGUUACGAUUUCGACUAACGUAGGAGACAAGUAAGUAACUUGUGAACGAAAAUUGACGAAUAAUUAUAUCAUGCACGUUGUUUAAAAAUAAUUGAUGCAAAGUGAGAAAAAAAUAUAUAUGCAUACACAUAUAUAUGUAUAUAUAUAUAUAUA